AUGUCCGGUAGAUACGCCUUCAACAAAUCGCUCAAGGAGCUGCGGUUCCUGUUUUGCCAGACUUCGUCGCACAGCGAUGCCACGCGAUCUUUCUUGAAUCGCGCAUACCCUACCAUGAAGAAGAAUAACCCCUACGUGCCAAUUCUGAUCCGAGAGGCGUCCGGCACCCAGCCCACGGUUUUUGCCAGAUACGAAUUGGGCAAGGAGAAACAAGAGAUUUUGUCUGGUUUGUCGGAUAAAGAAAUCGAGGAGAAGAUCACAAGUCUGGUGAAGCAAUAG